AAAAUGACAGAGGCAGAAUUGUACUCUGUAUAUAAAGGGGUGUUCGUCCCAACUCACUUGCACCCUCCUGAAUGUCUAAAAUACUACGAGGACUUUACUUUCCGCCCGGAUGACAUCCUUAUCGUUACCUAUCCUAAAUCAGUUCGUCUCUGCUGUACCAACAGAAGCCAAAUUUACUAAACUGGAAGCUCAUCCAACAGCUCAUCUUGAACUUGGGCACACGGAGAAAGUUUUUCCUUGGGCUGGAACAAAUGAUUUGAGCUCUUGUGAAACUAUUUUAACAAAGAAGCUUCAAAAUCUCGAGUUACAGAUGAAAGGGUUGCAUCCCAGCAGUGUGGAGCGCUCGGCCCCAUUUUUACUUACACCACCAAACCCACUGCAAAACCUUGAGCUGAUGGAUCCUGAAACAGACCAGCAGGAGACGAUAUCACACCAUCAGACCUCCAAAUACCUUACUGAUAUCAAACAAGAAGAAGGUGAGGGUGAUGAGGAAGAUGUGUUUGUGCUGGAGUUGCAGAGAGGAUCAUGUGGUUUGGGUCUGGCAUUGGUAGAUGGACAGGAAACACCAUUUAAAGUCAAUGGAAUAUACAUCAAAUCCGUAAUGCCGGAAUCUCCUGCUGCUUUGUCCCAGCGGCUGAGACCAGGGGAUCGUAUUCUAGCAGUGAAUGGACUCAGUCUGGUUGGGGUGGACUACCAAACUGGCAGGGAGCUCAUUCAGACAUCAGGAGACAGACCCCGAUUACUAGUUGCCAAAUCUGACAGAAAUACAAGAGAAGCAUAACAUUCCUCCCACAAAACAACUUUUCUACAUUUUUUACCAAAUGCUUUUAUGUGUAUAUGUCUUUUAUUUUAUUGUUAUACGUGUGUGUGUGUGUUUCAUUAAUUGAAUUUUGAGAUUAAAUGUAUCGAUGUUUUUUUGAAAUGAUAAAACAUUUGUUAAUGUAUGUCUUAUACAAAUGGCCUCAUUGCCUUGACCAACUAAGUAAAACCUUUUUAUUUUAAAA